AUGAAAUGCAUCAGAAAAGACGAUUGGCAAAAACUAUUUUAUUUUAUUUUAUUCUAUCUAUCUAUCUAUCUAUCUAUCUAUCUAUCUAUCUAUCUAUCUAUCUAUCUAUCGCAGUCUGUUAAAAUCUAUCUAUCCCAUUUUUUCAAAUCUAUCUAUCUAUCUAUCUAUCUAUCUAUCUAUCUAUCUAUCCCAGUUUUUUCAAAUCUAACUAUCCCAGUCUGUUCACAUUUAUCUAUCUAUCCCAAUUUGUUCAAAUCUAUCUCUUUAACCCAGUCUUUUCAAAUCUAUCUAUCUAUCUAUCUAUCUAUCUAUCUAUCUAUCUAUCUAUCUAUCUAUCUAUCUGAGUCUUCUGUUUAUCUAUCUAUCUAUCUAUCUAUCUAUCUAUCUAUCUAUCUAUCUAUCUAUCUAUCUAUCUAUCUGAGUGAACGCUAUCACCUCCGCUUUCUUUCUUUCUUUCUUUCUUUCUUUCUUUCUUUCUUUCUUUCUUUCUUUCUUUCUUUAUUUGCUUUCUUUCUUUCUUUGCUUUCUUUCUUUCUUUCUUUCUUUCUUUCCUUCUUUCUUUCUUUCUUUCUUUCUUUCUUUCUUUCUUUCUUUCUUUCUUUGCUUUCUUUCUUUCUUUCUCCAAAUAGCAUCUCUGGCCGAACACUUGAGAAAGAUGAUGUUGAUAAACACAUAUAG